AUGGCGACGAAAGCAAAGACAGAAGUCAAAGUGCUCAAAGGAAAGGAAGCGGAGGAUGCCGUGCUCCAAUACAUGAAACGGAUGAACAGACCGUUUGGUGCCGUUGAUGUGGCUGCUAACCUCAAAGGCGCGGUUCCGAAAGCUACAGUGCAGAAGAUACUGGUCGCGCUUGCGGAGAAAGGAGAUAUUGUACAGAAGCUUUAUGCCAAGACGAGCUUCUUCGUUGCGAACCAGUCCUCGAUUGAAGGCUUUCCUCCUGAACGACUUACCGCAAUGGAAGACGAAUGUAAAGCGCUCAACGAAAAGAACGACGCACUCAACGCGGAGGUCAAGGCUACGCUCUCAGAGCUGGCGAAGCUACGCACGAGUCUAACCGACGAGGAGAUCGCGGGCCAGCAGCUCAAGAUAGACCAAGCGGUUUGCUCUCUCGUUGUUCUCUUAUCUCUGGAUCUUCUAUAUACGACUCUCGCGCAGAUAUCGGAGGCAACGAAGCACCUCGAGCCUCUACGCUCCGGGGCGCCUCCCAUCUCCGAAGAGGAGGUCGCGCAGCUAGACACCGACUGGGUCAAGUGGCGAGCCGAGUGGGUGCGCAGGCGCAAGGUGUUCAACUCGUCAGUUCCUCGCUCUCGUUUGUCGCUCUCAUCACGUCUCUGCGUCGACUAUAUGCGCCCGCUUCUUGGUCCUUGGUUCUGGGGCUUGGCGACAGAGGCUCUCCCUCCUCAGGACGCGCUUGAUCUCCGCGAAGACCUUGGUAUAGAACUUGAUUCGGACGAGCACCGGGACUUGGAGGCUACAUCUCUCUGCAGCGCCUCUCAGGCGAAUUCUCUCAAGCGGAAGCGGCGUUAA